GACCCAUCCAUCCAUCGCUCUCGCCUCGUCGCUUCAUCCUUGUGUUCUUCUCUCUCUCUCUCCGUCUCUGGGUGGAUCCGUCCACGAGGCCAGAAUGCUGGGCUUCGUGGCGCCGCCGCUCUUCCUCCUUUGUGCCAUCUCCCCGAUGGCCGUGGCCUUCACCGACGGGUUGCUGCCCAACGGUAACUUCGAGCUGGGCCCGGCGUCGUCGAAGCUAAGGGGAACGGAGGUGAUCGGCCGGAACGCCAUACCCCGAUGGGAGAUCUCGGGCACGGUAGAGUACAUACCAUGGGGCCACAAGCAAGGGGACAUGCUGCUGGUGGUCCCCGAGGGGUCGUACGCCGUCCGAUUGGGGAACGAGGCCUCCAUCAAGCAGCGGAUCAAGGUGACGAGAGGGGUGCGGUACUCGCUGACGUUCAGCGCCGCCCGGACGUGCGCGCAGGACGAACGGCUCAACGUCUCGGUGGCGCCGGAGUCCGGCGUCGUCCCCAUGCAGACCAUGUACAGCAGCAAUGGCUGGGACUCUUACGCCUGGGCCUGGAACGCCAAGUCCGACGUCGCCGAGGUUGUCAUCCACAACCCCGGCGUUGAGGAGGACCCGGCCUGUGGACCGCUCAUCGACUCCGUGGCCGUCAAGGCGCUGCACCCGCCCAGCAGGACCAACAAGAACCUGCUGAAGAACGGGGACUUUGAGGAAGGGCCCUACAUCCUCCCCAACACCACGUGGGGGGUCCUCAUUCCCCCGACCACGGAGGACGACCACUCCCCACUCCCCGGCUGGAUGGUAGACUCCCCCAAGGCGGUCAAGUACCUGGACUCCGCUCACUUCUUCGUCCCCCACGGCCGCCGCGCCGUCGAGCUCCUCGCCGGCAAGGAGAGCGCCCUCGCACAGGAGGUCCGCACCGUCCCCGGCCGCGCCUACGCCCUCGCCUUCUCCGUCGGCGACGCCUCCAACGCCUGCGAGGGCAGCAUGAUCGUCGAGGCCUUCGCCGGCGAGCACACCGUCAAGGUCCCCUACGAGUCCAAGGGCGCCGGCGGGGCCAAGCGCGCCGUGCUCCGCUUCCGGGCGAGCAAGGCCCGCACCCGCAUCGUCUUCUUGAGCUCCAACUACAGCACCCGGCGCGACGACCUCAGCUCGCUCUGCGGGCCCGUGCUCGACGACGUCGCGCUGGUCAGCAUCCGCAACCCCAAGGGCGUCACGAAACGUUAAUAUUCACGAACAAACAAGCCUCGAUCAUCCAAGGCAUGAAUAGAAUUGCACUUGCUUUGCAAUUCCAUUGAUGUGCGGCCACCGUUUGUUGCCAGAGUAAUACUAUUGUUGUUAUUAUUAUUAUUUUUGAUGAUCGGUAUUCUCCAUGGUUCAUUCAAGGGAAAUAGAAAAAUCUUGCUGGAGGUGUCCUCAUAGAUUGGCCUCGUACGGCUUCCAUUAUAUCAUACAUAUCUAAAAAUGAAGCUUCAAA